AUGCCCUUGAUACCGCGAGCAAGGUAUACGGACGAAUCUCGUUUCACACUCGAGACUUACAAUUAUUCCAAACUCCCAAAUGGCUGUAUCCGCCUACUUCGCAGAGUCCCCAACAGCCGUCCAGCUGUCUACACCCUGGAAGAAGUUGAUACUUUCAGACUCGUUGAUGAUCCGAAUUGGAUAGUAAGUGCCGUGAAAUACUGUGUCAUAUCAUACGUCCGGGGCUCAUCGGCUCUUACGCACUUUAUCAUAUGCAACGACAGAAAACUUGCAGUCCCGUGUAGCGUUUAUGAGCUCCUGCUUGACAUUUCUGAAGCCUCCGUAUGGAUUGAUGCCAUCUGCAUCAACCAAGCAGAUAGUAAGGAAAAAGCGGCCAGUGUAGACUUAAUGGAAAUGAUCUAUGGCAAGGCAAACCUACUUUAUGUCUGGCUUGGUCCUGGGAGCUAUGACAGCCCCUUAGCAAUGAUAAGCCUUAAAAAGCUGGCUAGUCGUGUCCUGCACGAGACGGAUGAAAGUCUUGAGCAGCCUUACUUUGACCCGCAACCGGCGCAAGCAAUUGGCCUAGAGACUGGAGACGCCAGAAUAAAGCGUGCUCUCGAACAUUUAUAUUGCCGGCCAUGGUUUAAACGUCUCUGGACGUUCCAGGAAAUAGUGAUGGGCAGGAAUGUUGUUGUCGCUUGCGGUAGGGAAAUGAUGGGCUGGUCGUCUUUCAUUGUUGCUACAAGAGCGCUUUCGAGGCUCCGAUCAACCAGAUAUCUUGUCAAAUUAAGAGAAGAUGGCUCAGGUAAUGUCAGCAUACUGGAUGGUAUCCUGGAAAUGGAAGACUUCAUACGGCUCUAUCGCGACAAGACUCAGGUAUGGGAUGGCGCCCCUAAUUUCGUCACUUUGUUAGAAGUGGCACAAAGAAAAGACGUUUCGGAUCCGAGAGACAAAAUCUAUGCAAUAUUGAAUCUAGCGCGCCCUAACAUAAGGCGCAGAAUUCUUAUUGAGUACCGGCACGAAGGUGAGGCGGCACUAUUGAGGCUGAUAAUUGAUGCUGGAAAAGCAUGCAUUGACAACGAUAAUACACUCAGCCUACUCCAACUGGUCUCAUCUACAAAGCGAAAUCCAAGACUACCGUCAUGGUGUCCAGACAUCAACUCUACGCAACCCAGAAAUAUGUCCUUGAAUCCAUGGGGGAUGGCAGGAAUCAAGGAAUGGGGCCUACAAGAGCGACCCUGCGCUUCGUUCCAGGAAGGAAAGGAUGAUCUCCAUGCCCCAGGCUUUAGGCUUGACAAGGUCGCCAGAGUUGUGCAAACGUCCUUCGUGUGGUCCAAUACUUGCCUCGACGCUGAGCACCCGUCACGAGAAGACGCGAUUCAUAAUUUUGAGUGGAUAUAUGAGUGUAUGGACUUUGAGUUGCUAGAAAACGUCGCACAGAAGCCAAUCGCGAAGAAGGCAAGAAGGUCAUUGGAGGAAAUACCAUUGACCUUUAUCCUCACCCUUAUAGGAGGUAUCCUGGUUGGCAAUUCCAACACUGAAUCCGAAAUCCGCGCUGCCUACAAACGCAUCAUAAGUAUCUGGCGCUCUGUGUUUCUGGGUUUAAGACGAAAACCAUUGACGCUCCUGGAAAAUGCUACCGUAAAUCGACUUCAAGCUGGCCUCAUGCAGAAUUGUCGUUAUCGCCGUGUUUUUUCGACACAAGAUGGGUACAUAGGUGUAGGGCCGCCAGAUACUAUGGCCGGCGAUACCAUAUGCAUUCUUUAUGGCAGCCGGACACCUCAUCUGCUUAGAUUUGGGAAAAGCAAGACGGAGCUAUUGGGAGACGUGUAUCUCACCGAGUGUAUGUGUCUAGAAGAUACGGUGACGCGGGGAGUGAAGCUCCCCCAGAUGAGAUGUUUGUAA